UUGUAACUUGCAGCGCAUGAGAAGUGUUAAUUAAAGUAGCUGUUGUAAGAGAAUGUGCGGGCUGUAAAAGGUACAUCAGGAUUUCAGAAGUGACGAUUGUGUUGAGGCAUUCAACCUUGCAUUAAUUAAGUGCUGAAUUUCUCAAGCUGUUCUGGAGACCCAGGGCAGCAAUUACACUUUUCAGGUCCAUGUCUCGAAUCACUUUUAAGUAUAACUUUUCUAAAUAAAAUGUUCAGACGGUUGCUCUGUUUUUUAUGAUUAGCUAUGUUUAACUGAGCUGUAGAGGGCCCGCAAACGCGAGGCGCAUGUGUUUACAUACAUACCGGUUGCAGUGGUACGUAGCCUACAAAGAAGUGCAGUGGAGGUGCACAUUUUUCUGUUGCUAUGGUAAUGUGCCAGCCUAUUAGAAACCUAUGGAGCACGGCCCCCCCCACCACCGUCUUCCUACUGUGUCUUCUGUCAUUGUCUGUCACUUUUGUUGGCUUUGGGCUCUACGCUCAUUCAUAUGAAGUCAGAAAUCCUGAUGUGGUCCAAGACUGGAACAAGAUCCUUGGCGCUCUGUCCCAGCUGCAGUUGUGUGUCUCAGAGAAUGGCACAGAUGGGCACACCCCCCUGCCAGACAAGGGACAAACACACGCUUCUUCUCCCAUGAUUGGCCACGAUGCAGCUGACAGACAGACGUUAAACUCCUCCCACUCUUCAGAUGAUUUAGACAGCCUAACCCUGCUCGUCCCCUUGACCCUUGACUUGGCCUGGCCCUCGGCGAGUCUGAGCACUGGCCCGGUCAGUCUCAGGGUCUUGGUGUUGGGGAGCCAGUUGGAUCUUAAGGGCGUGGCGGGAAAGAAGUCCCUCAAUCUGACACUGAUGUCUACCUGGCAGCCAUUAAGAAACGGGUCGGACCCUGAGCAGGGGCACACCUGCAUCACCGUCACAGCACCUGCACACAUGCUGCCAGGAACCCCCCUUCCUGGUGCGUGUGAAGUCGGUAGAGGCAGUGAUCCUACCCUGGGAGCAGUGGCCUCAGCCCUGAGCAGGGAGCAACCCCAGCACACGCUGGGGUGUUACAGCAUCAAGUACACACCCGACCCCAGACUCACAGUCAUGUUGUCACCGGAGGAAAGAUACCUGGCAGGGCAGCAUUUGAUCUUCGUCGGUGUCUUUCUGCUGUCUCUGUGUGGGCUGCUCUGUCUUGCAGCUGCUUUUUGUUGUGUGAAAUCGCGAAGGCAGAAGAGCAAUGAGCUCCUAUUGACAUGCUAUUGACAUGUCUUUCAUAAUGAUUGCAUGGUCCAGGAACCUUUGAUCGAUUCCUAAGUUCCACCAGCAGCAGAUUGUGUACCCAGUCUUUUAAGGAGGCUGGGGUAGCUCACCCAGUGAAGAGCGGUCAUUUUAGAUUAAUUUGAUUGUUACUGUUGGGGAUCAUCUGGAAUGGGUAGAUUUACUUGAUUGGGCGCCAUGCAGAAUGGAUUUUCAUCUGCAACCCUUGAAGCAGUGGGCUUCUGUCCUGUUAUAAUUUCAAUUGACCCCUUUAUGAAACAGGUAGUGCUGAUAUGCAAUAUUGUAGCACAUACAAUGUGAUUUUUAAAAUGCCCUUUUAAAAAUGUAGAACCAAACUGAAAGAUAUCCAGCAUGAGGUGUCCCUGUGAAAUUGUUGUAUUUUAAUUAUAUUUCUGAAGUGGAACCUCUUAAGAUCACAGACACUGGAUAUUCCAGAGCACCGAAGGGGGUGGUCCUGACAUCCUGUUUCCCAUGGUUUGGUGCCUCCAUCUGCUGAGUUGCAUUGCUUUGCUGAGACUAGUUUUUUUGCACAUUAGUAGCACAAUAGUACCAGUACUUUACCAGCUUACACUAAACCAAAGGAGCUAGCUUCUGGUUGUGCACUUGCUCUUAACAAUGUUUUUCUAGAUUUUUUUCAUAGGAUUGUCAAGCGUUAUCCAACCUUUUUGACGAAAUAGCCAUGCCAACAACCAAUAGCCUCUUAAAGAGAUGGGAAAUCACAACUGAAUACAAUGUAAAGACUGUAACCUUGAAUAGAUUCAUUCUACUAAAAUGAAGACUGAUAACAUAUAAGCAAAUACAUUGAAAAAAAUGUAUGGUUUGUUGCAAUCAGAGACAACCAUAUAUACUUGUGUGUCCUUUUGGAACCCAUUAACAGCCUUUGAACAGGAUAUUUCCCCUCUAAAAGAGCCAUAUUUAGAUUUGGAGAACCCUGAGAUGCUCACUUGCAUUAGAGGAAAUAUAAAGAGAUGGGUGAACAAUUUAAAGUGUGACUCCCAUGUAUCUUAUCAAGCAGACUAUCAUGAGGCAAGCCAAGCUCAAAACAAUACUCCACCAUUCCAGCCUUACUACCACCUUCUCAGGAAGUUGGGUUCUUUCAGAUGUAGGAAUUUGAGAUAGGGAUGGUAAAUAGCGGUGCUCUGGAAGGUAGUAUUUAAUAGUUAUUUAUUAUGUAAUUUAAACAGAAAUGUUGUUUUUUAAACAAGCCUGCUGAAGAUGGUGAUUCAAAGCAUCUUCCAUAGUUCUUUACCUGUUGAUUGUAGCACACAGGGAUGCUGUGGUCCUCGGGAGUUGAGGAGUGCAGUUACACUUUAUAUGUAAUUUUUGAUCUAAUUGUAUUUGUUUUAACAUGUUUCAAAACUGAAGUUACACUUCUUUAUUUCAUCAGUAAUAUUAACUUGUUAUAUGUA